UUUCCAGUUUAUUUACAAAAUUUACACGUUGCACAAAAAAACGAGCAAUCAAAUGUUUUAAAUGCCUUUUCGGAAGGAAUUUAUCUGAAAUUCAAAUGACAUCGACUAAGCACCUUAGGCACAGAAAUGUGCAACGUGACGGACCCAGGUUAGAGAGAAAAAUCGACAAAUCAAGAACCAAAAAUUCGGACAGCAGUUCCAAACUGGUUGCCAUUGCAUCGGUGUUGGUCACCAUAUUGCUUCUCGCUGGUUACUUCAGAUAUCAGAUGUACCUAAGAGAGAAAAUCAAAACACCACUCUAUGCUCCGACCAUGCUUGCCAAGGACAGUACAUCGGCCAAAUCUGACCCAGAACGAUACUGGGGCUCCUACAGACCCAACACAUACUUCGGGAUGCGAACUCGAACACAGCGGUCUCCUGUAUUUGGACUUAUGUGGCUCAAUCAGUUCACACAACAGAUGCCACCACCAAUAAGGCACUGGUGUGAUCAGGGCGACCGUUUGCGUCGGUACGGCUGGCUGAAACAUGAUGGGGUGAACUUUGGUGUUCAGGAGAUCGUUGACUCUGACUUCAUGCUGACCACGUCAUUUAUAAAGCGGGCAGGAGGGGACCAUGGCGGGGACUGGUCAGCGAAUAUCACCGCUACCUCAACAAACAAGGAGCGUGCAGGACUGGUAUCGCUGAUGUUCUAUGUUGCCUUGGAUGGGUCUGGUCAUGUUGAACCAGUCAUUUCCAAGAAUGGUCAGCGCAUUAACUCCAUCAACGGAUACUCGCCAGAACUCGGACAUUAUCGACUCUCAUUCCCGAAAUCCACAUCAAAUUCCACCCACAAACACAACUACCUCAUAACACAUGCCACUGGGCUGGAUAAACUCAAAGAAGCUAUGAUGAAUGGAAUAAGAGUUGAGGCAUGGGAUAAAUCGCGGAGGGUCCCAUAUUUCGUGCUUGGUGGACGACAAGUUCCGAUUGACGUCGAAGAUGGUUCAAACUUUGUUGUGUUUCAAGUCACAACCGAGCUUCCUUAUACACUUGAGGUCAUGUAUGAAUCUGGCAGCAUCUAUGAAAGACCAAAUAGGCUGCAAGGAGAGGUGUUUUCAUCAUUGCUUGCUCAACAUGUCAGCGAGUUUGACAAGAAAUUUGACGAAAAGUUUGAUCUCAAAUCAAAAGCAUUUUCUCAGAGCCAAGUUGAUUUUGCAAAAGCAGCUUUAAGCAACAUGGUUGGGAGUGUGGGUUACUUCUAUGGUGCAUCUCUAGUUCAGUCUGUGUACAAUGAAGAACCGGUAAACUAUUGGAAAGCAGCCUUAUACACUGGAGUUCCGUCUCGAUCAUUUUUUCCGAGGGGCUUUCUUUGGGAUGAGGGCUUCCAUAAUUUGCUGAUAAGCAAAUGGGACCCUGAGAUUUCAAAGGACAUUUUAUCUCAUUGGUUGGAUCUUAUGAAUACUGAAGGAUGGAUUCCGCGAGAACAGAUACUCGGGGAUGAAGCUCGUGCCAGAGUUCCGGAUGAAUUUGUAGUACAGAGAAACACCAAUGCCAACCCUCCAACACUGAUUCUACCUCUUCAAAGAUUAAUAAAAUCUAUGCUUGAUAGUGAUAAAGAAAAGGAUAAAAAGUUCUUGAAAGCAGUCCUACCGAGAUUACAGACUUGGUUCCAAUGGUAUAAUACAACUCAGAUAGGGCCGAAAAGAUUCACAUAUCAAUGGAGAGGAAGGGACGGACACACGAACAAGGAAUUGAACCCUAAAACACUGACCUCGGGUCUCGAUGAUUACCCGAGGGCCUCUCAUCCGACAAACGACGAGUAUCAUGUUGAUCUGCGUUGCUGGAUGGCACUUUCGGCUGGUUUGAUCGCAGAUAUUAGCAAGUCUCUUGGAGUUGAUGGAGCUGAAUAUGCGGCAACACACGCAGUGCUGACAGACAAUGGUUUACUUGACGACUUGCAUUGGUCUGAGAAAAAACAACAGUAUAGUGAUUAUGGCCUGCAUACUGAUAAAGUGAGACUGGAGAGGCCAAAACCUCCUGCUAAUCUUCAGCCAGGUCAGAGGCCACCAAACAUGAAUAUGGAUAAAGUCAGAGUAGUGCAUGCUGACCCUGAGUUAGGCUUUGUUAAUGCAUUUGGAUAUGUUAGUUUGUUUCCCUUUUUGCUCAAAAUUGUAGAACCUUCUUCACCAAAGUUGACCAGAAUUUUAACUGAUAUGCGUAGUGAAAAGCACAUAUGGACAGACUUUGGUCUGCGUUCGUUAGGUCAGACUACACCACUGUAUAAUCGUUACAACAGCGAACAUGAUCCUCCAUAUUGGAGAGGGGCUCUCUGGAUUAACAUGAACUACCUUGCUCUUGGUGCGUUAGACUUUUACCGAAAAACGCCUGGCCCAUACAGAGCUCAGGCUGAUGAAAUAUACACAGAACUGAGAAACAAUGUUGUCAAUAAUAUAUACAGUCAGUAUAUGCGGACUGGGUAUAUUUGGGAGAAUUACAAUGAUAAAACUGGGGAAGGCAAGGGAUGCCACCCAUUUACCGGCUGGUCCGCAUUAGUAACUCUAAUCAUGGCCGAGAUAUAUGACUGAACAUUGUUAACAAUUGUUUUAUUAUACAUAGUGCUAUAAGGAAGAGAUGGAUUGAGCUUUUGCAUGUUUUUUAUGACUUAAAACUCGGCUGAAUUAUGCUUAACUGGAUUAUGUGGCACUGUAGGUACUGUGUGAAAAGAGAUGUGGUUUUUGGUCACUCUGAGAAGUGGGCACUGUGUGAAAAGAGAUGUGGUUGUUGCUGCUUUUUUUCUUUGUACAUACUUAGAAUCUUAAUCAUUUUGAAAUUGUGUUUUACCAAGUGGCAAAGUGUCAAAUCAAUGAUAUGACAUUGAUUACAAAAUAGCAUCCGUGGCAGCUAGAGCUUUUUCAAGAUAUCAGUUUUUGUGAUUUGUGAAUAAUAAACGAACCACAUUUUAUACCAAGGUAUAGGAGAAACACUAUUAGCCAUGGACAUGUACCUCUUAUUGGCUGUGUAUAAGUUAUCAGUCCAAGCAAGAUUUCACCUCUAUGUUCUUGCUUAUACUGUCAUUGGCUAGAUUUUUUAUUAAAAAAUUCUAGGGUAUAGAUUGAAGAAAACUUGGUAUGCGGCGUUUGGGUGUCAUUUACCAUUAAGUAUUUUUUUCUGUAGCAUAAAUACAUGAACAACCAUUUUUUUCUACCUUCAUGAUACUUGUUUUCUUCCUGAAACUUUGUCAGAAUAUGAUAUUUAAGUUUCAAAACCACUGUAUAUUUGGUCACCUUGUUUUCAAAAAAUUGGUAGGACCAGUGUCAAUAAGAUUCAUAUAUUUACAGAUCGAAAAAUCCAGCUGAAUGCUUUUUCGCAUUAACCCGUUGUAUUUUUUUAGAUAUUGUGACAAUUUGCUUUUUAAUGCAGAUUGAAUUAUACAUAUAUAAAUAUAAAUAUAUUCCAGAGCAAAAAUAUCAUUAAAAUUGUACUGCCAUAAUAUAACAGCUAAUUUCAUGGAGUAAAGCAUUUGUCAUACAUUGCAUUUCAUUCUAGUCGAUUAUUUCAAAUACAUAAAUGUAUUUGAUGAAAAAAAGCCAAUUUAUAUGUGUAAAUUAUUGGCGACAUGGCAAUAGCAUUCCUCUACUGUUCAUUAUCAGAGUUAUAUGUUUAUAUAUUCUUGUGUUUUCAAUUGCAUGUUUUCAAAUAAACAUGAUGAUCAUACAAUUGCUGGGGUGGAUACAGGAAUUGACGUAAGAGAGGGCAUAACAUAGAGCCGACAUUCGCCCCUCUCUCACAAUAAAAUUUAAGUAGUUUGAAUGUUGGCAUGUUCUCUAAAAUUGGCAUAAAAUGUAAACUACGGACUAUUUUAGGGGGAGGGGGGCUUGGUACACGCUGGGUGGGCACCCUCCUGGAUUCAUACUAUUAUACAUGGAUUGAUGAUGUAAACAAAAAUCAUGAAUGAAAUAAAUCUUGAGAAUA